GAUCGGUAGCUAGCCAUGUCUUCCGCUAGAGCCGUCGCCGGAGCAGCGCUCGCGGUCUUGCUGUGCGCGGCGGCGGCGGUGAGCGCGGCCCCCGCCGGCGCCGAGGUGGCGGAGUUCCCGGGGUUCCACGGCGAGCUCCCCUCCAAGCACUACGCUGGGUACAUAACUGUUGGACAUCAGGAGCAAAAUAGGCAUAUGUAUUACUAUUUUGCCACUUCUGAAAGGAACCCAACCACUGACCCUGUCAUCAUCUGGAUAAAUGGUGGCCCAGCUUGUUCAGGAUUUAGCGCCUUUUUGCAUUCAAUUGGGCCAUUCAAAAUAGAGGGACCCAUGAUUCAUGCCAGCGAUGAGCCCAGGGCCAAGCUAAAUCCUUUCUCAUGGACCAAGAUGUCUAGUCUCCUUUUGGUUGACUCACCAGCAGGUGUGGGCUAUUCUUAUUCUGAAAAUGAAGAUGACUAUGUAUCAAACGAUACAAGCAGAGUAUUAGACCUGUAUGAAUUUUUAUCCAAGUGGUUUAAUGAAUAUCCUGAGUUUUUAUCAAAUCCCUUCUACAUUGCUGGUUGCUCUUAUAGUGGUGUGAUAGUACCGGUGCUUGCACAAGAAAUUCUGGAGAGAAAUGAAGACAGUGGCAGAAUAAAGAUAAAUUUUAAGGGUUAUUCACUGUGUAAUCCAGCUGUUGAUGUAGAAAUUGAAAACAACGCGUUUGUACCUUAUGCAUUUCGAAUGGGGUUGAUUUCAGAUGAGUUAUACCAGAAUUUAUCUAGUACGUGCAAUGGAAAGUACUGGAAUAACAAAGUCCCAUCUUGUCUAGCAAACUUGGACCAAUUUCAUAAGCAAAUCAGUGGCAUUAACAUGGAGCAUAUUCUUUGCCCACCAUGCCGCUACCAAAUGGGAAUAACUAAAGAAGCCAGUGAGGAAUAUGAUUUUGGUCAAAUGUUUGAGCUCAUUUCUGAAAGCUCUGAGUACGGUCUAGAAUGCAAUAAUCAAGAGGUAGUCCUUGAGAGACUCUUUGACACAAAAUCUAGCAGAGAAAAAUUGCAUGCCAAACCGAUUGAAAUGUCCAAGAAGUGGAAGAGAUGCCCCAACUAUAUCCGGUACACAAGAGAUAUUCCGACUUUAACAGAGUAUCACUUGAAUGUAACAUCCAAAGGUUACAGAGUAUUUCUGUAUAGUGGAGAUCAUGCUUUGCUUGUUCCAUUUUCCGCAACUUUAGAGUGGCUAAAGACAUUGAACUAUAAGGAAAUUGAGAAAUGGCACCCCUGGUUUGUUAAGAAACAGAUUGCAGGGUAUGCAGUUCGGUAUGAAAAUAAUAUAUUAUUUGCAACAAUCAAGGGAGCUGGACAUGUUCCAUCAGAUUACUUGCCAUUUGAAGUAUUUGUUGCCUAUCAAAGAUGGAUAGAUGGAUCAGAUUCUUUAUAAUAAUUUGACUAACGUCGUGUCCUGUAUACAUAUGAGAAAUUUUAAUUAUGUACCAGUAUAUCAUUGUGGUAUCACCUCUGUUUUGAGGCC